GAGGCAGUUACACCAUGACACAGCAGGCCACGUCGCGACGAAGUCCGACGCGGCUGGCGCCGCUGCCGACUGGCGACAGCGCUGACCGCCACGAGCUUGUGCGGCUGCUGCGCACGCUCUGCGCCCCGCUGAGGGACCCCAUGGCCCGGCGGCCGUACCCGUCCGUGGCCGACAGCGCGGCCACAAUCGACCACGGGCCAUCGCAGUGGCGCACGUGGGCCAUCUUCCUCGUCGCCCAGCUCAAGCAGAAGCAAUUGGCACCCAACGAGCUCAAGGCCGCGACACUGCUGCUACUCUAUUACGUCGCGUGCGAUGCGACGCUCGCGCCGACUUUGAUUCUCGAAGGCCUUGUGCCCUGCCUCGUCGACGCCAUUGUGCGCAUGCACCUGUCGCUGGCGGGCGCGACCCUGCACUUUGAGGUCGCCCAUGCGCCGUGCCAUCCGCUCGACAUCGAGGUGGCUGUCGACGCGCUGCGCUACUCGAUGCACGCGCUGGUCCUCGACCUGCACGGGCGUGGCCACGUCGACGCCUUGCUGCCGCUGGGGCCUAUGUCGUUGGCCUACGUCUUGGAAGCGUCGCCGAUCCCUCGCAACGAGGUCGACGAGUGUCUCUUGCGCCGGCCGCAGCCUCUAUCGCCGUCGAUCUUUGCGUGCGCGGGCCAAGAGAGCGCAACGACGUAUGGCGUCGAGGACACGCUGGCCUCUCUCAUCGCGCAGAGCAAGCUCUUCCAGCACCACUUGGCCGUACGCACGCUCGUCGUGCUUGUGCGCAGCAUCACGGCCCAGUCGCAUGGCUUUGAGCGCCGACGGCUCCUGAGCGACGGCGCGUUGCAGGCGCUGGCGCUGGCCGCAGCGCUGCCCAGCAGCAACAACACACCGCCAAUGAACGUGCCGCCCGAGUCCUGGAUACAGGAUUUGAUACAGCAGCCCAGCCAGCGUGUGAUUGCGACACUCCUGAGUCUGUCUUUUGUGAGCACGAUGGCGGCAAAUGGCCUCGCCGACGUGCCCUCGGACGAAUUAGGCCGCGUCGUGCGCCUCCAGACAGCAGCCCUCUCGCACGCCCAGGGGACGGCCACCGACGCCUUGCCACAACGCCUACAGACCGACCCAUCGUUUCCAGCAGCGUCGCGAGCGCACGGACUAUUGUCUCGUCUCUGUGCUGCGCGAACAACAUCGCCGCUGUGCAGUCCCACGAAAAAGCCCGUGGAUGCAAACCGGGCACGGCCCACGACGUCAUCGCUCUUGCCCGGCGCGCCGAAGACGUUGCGCAGAGCGUCGUGACCAGCUACCUCGUGGUGCGCGAUGGUCUCAGCCCGUUUGUGGAUUUUCGAGCGUGGGCCGCGGCCCAGCCAUCCGCUGUCGUUCGGGAGAAGCGGCGGCAACGGCGCCUGGACGC